AUUACAGAUUGCUGUGGAUUGGCUUUCAGCGAGAAAGCCGAGUCCCCCAAUUGGAGGACUCAUUUCUCAGCAGCAUGGCGGGUUUUCAAAGCAGCGAAAAAAAAUCUAUUUUGCAGUAAAAUGAUUAAUUAACUAUGCAAGAUUUUACGCAGACGAAUUCUAGGUAACUGAAAAAAACGAAGUGGAACGAAGCUAUCAGUAAUUGUCUCGCUAAGAAGAACUUCUCUGCGACACGCAGGAUUCUGACGAGAGUUUCCGAUACGCGUAUUUUGUGUUUCAAAUGCGUCUGCUUUAUAGCAACAAUUCAUUAACAUCAUUGUCCACUUGGAGCCAGUUUCAAUAGAUACCGUAAUGGGUAAUCCUCAUAGUGAUCGAGACUCGAGCUCGACAGCUGCAUCACCUUGUAUGUCAUGGCAGGACGUAGCUAAGCGCGAAUUCUGCGAGAUUCCUUCGCGAACCCCGCAUAUUCUUGAUAAGUUGUUGAGGAAGCUGGCAGCUUUGCAGACAAGUCAGUUCGUGCCAUACCUCGAGCCCACUUUCGUCAUGGCUUUUCUACGAGUGAACAAGUUCAACGAGGAAAAGGCUAUUGAGACGUAUCAACGAUUUUUCCGCUUAAGAACAAUUGAUCCGGCUUAUUACUACCCGAUAAAUCGCGGUUCGUUAUGUUAUAAGCCAGUGCUCGACAAUGAUAUAGCAUUUAUACUUUCGAAAAAAAAUCCGCGUGACGGUUCAACUGUCGUUGUAGCGACAUUCGAAUUUUUUGAACCGUCACGAUGGCACAACCUUCAGGAAAUGUACACACCAAUGGCUUUGCAAGUCCUCAUGCUCCUGAGGGAUCCUGAAGUACAGGUUCGUGGGUUUCGCAUGGUUGUAGAUUUAAAGAAGUUCUCCUUCAAAUACAUCCGUUAUGUGCCGACCAGCUUAGCGAAGGUGAUGGGGGAAAGUUCUUCUGGCGCUAUGCCCGUCACCAUACGAGGAGUCCAUGUAAUCAAUGAACCUGUAUGGUAUCAGGUCUUGAUGAAGAUGAUUGCCCCGUUCCUCACCGACGGCGAGUCAGUGACGCAGACCCACGGCAACGAUCUGGCGUCUCUCCACCGAAUCAUCGACCGUUCGAUUCUUCCGAAAGAAUUCGGUGGUGCCCAAGGAUCUGUAGUUUUCGAAACGCAAGUUAUGGAGGAAUUCUAUGCCCGUGAUAAGGAGAUUCUUGCGGCCAGCCGUUUUGGGUACAAGCUCUCCGACACUGGCAAAACUUGGCAAAGUACCAGUAAAACAGACGAUAGGCGUGGGAGCUCCGAAAGCUCGAACUCUCUAAACUGAAAGGAUUCAAUUUGAAGAAGCCUCAUUAAGUAUCGCUAAAUUUGAGAAGCUGGGUAGAGCUUACACAAAUUAGAAAAAAAAAGGGCGCCAAGUAAGCAAUACCGAACUAGCGGUCAGUGGCUAAGUAUUGGUCGAUUAGAUAGAAGAAAAUACUAAUUUGCAAUAGACUCGCCCGCAGCUGUUGUCGUAUACACGUGAAAAUAAUACCAUUCACAAACGUCGAGUUGAAGAGAUCAGGAGCGUAGG